CUCAUUUUUGUGACAAGCACUGAUGGAGUUUGGAUUUUUGGAAUUGCUUCUUAAAUACCGCCUCAGAUAUACAUACACUCGUUACUGCAAAUUGAGUAUUCAAACAAAGUUUUUACGGAUAUCUGCAGAAGUAGCAUAUAUUUUGGAUUUUAAGAAGCGUUGUUAGUGCUGACAGUCAAAAUGACGAUCGGCAAGAACAACAAAAUGAUCCAGCUCCUGAACUAUCGGGUGCGGAUUGUUUUGCAGGACUCACGUACCUUUAUAGGCACCUUUAAGGCAUUUGAUAAGCAUAUGAAUCUCAUUCUCGGGGACUGCGAAGAGUUCCGCAAAAUUAAACCGAAAAAUACUAAACUACCGGAAAGAGAGGAAAAGCGCGUCCUUGGUUUCGUGUUGCUACGAGGCGGUAAUAUCGUAUCGCUAACAGUUGAAGGUCCACCUCCACCAGAAGAAGGUCUUCCACGUGUUCCAAUUCCGGGUGGUGCCCCAGGACCUGGUAUGGGACGCGUUGCUGGAAGAGGAAUGCCAGCCAACAUAGCAGGUGUUCCUGCUGGACUUCAAGGACCAGUGCGCGGCGUAGGUGGACCCUCACAACAGCAUAUGGCACCGGUUGGGCGUGGUGGACAAGUUUCCGCUCCACCGCAGAUGAGGCCGAUGAUGCCAGGAGGACCACCACCCGGUAUGAUGCCAGGACCGGGUGGAAUGAAUCCCAUGGCCGGUAUGGCUCGUGGUGCACCACCACCAAUGCGGGGGCCUCCACCAGGUAUGAUGCGUGGUGGACCUCCACCCAGACCCUACUGAGUGUGAAGACAAGCUACCAAUUUCUAAUUUAAUAUUAAGAUCACAAUUGUCAUUUUCACGUAUUGUACUUCAAAUGCAAAUAAAGCUGCUGAGUUCAAAAGAGUGUUAUGUUUUGUAACUAAAUACAAAGUCUACGGCAAGGGCAAACUAAUAA